AGGACUUUGGGUGGAAGCUGAUGAGGAAGUCUGAGAGAAACCACUCCUCUGCAUAUGGAUCCAGGUCCUGGAGCCCCUCUGCUCUCUCCACAGGCCCCUCCUCCCCUAAGCCCAGCCUCAGGGCUUUUGCUCUUGCCCCAGGGUCCUUCUCCUCCUCCUCAACCAAUCCAGCUCUCGGGACCCUUCCUCUUCCUCCCGCCCCCCGCCCAAAACCCAGCUUCAUUAACAGCUCCUGCACCUUCCCCCGCUCCAGGGAUCCCUCCUGUUCCUCCCUCCUGCCCCCGCUCGGGAGAGCCUUCCUCUUCCCUCCCCUGGCCCACCAAACCCAGAUCCGGGGAGCCUUCCAGCUCCUACCCCUCGACCCCACAACCCAGAUCCGGGGAGCCUUCCGCUUCUUCCCCCGCCCCUCCCCUCGCCCAGCUUAGGCGACCCUCCCUCUCCCCUAACGGGCUCCUCCUGCCCUUACGCCCCACUGGGCACCGACCCACUUCCCCCGAACUGAAGUCCCCAGACCCACGGCUCCAGCCGCGCGGAGGCGAGAGCUGCGCAUGCUCAGAGUUCCCGCGCAUGCCCCUGGAGCCGCUCCUGAAAGGACCGCGGCGACUCUCUAGACUUCUCGCGCGACCUGCCGCGGCCGAACGCGGGCGGUUUGAACGGCUACAGCGCGCGGGCGCGCCCCUCUCUCCUCCCGGUUCCUACGGGCCCCAGCCUCCCGCGAGCAGUAGUGGAAUAUGGCCUCUUCAGAUUUGGAAGAUUUAUGCUCUCACAUCAACACGAAGAUUUCAACUAUCAAAAAGACUCUUCAGUUAAGAAACAUGGGUCAGGAACCAUCCUUGAAAUCUGUGCUCAGUAAAAUAGGGCAUGAGAUGUUUCUCCUCAGUGGUCUCCUGAAUAAAAUGGAAAUAGAAGUUGAGCACCAAGAAAAACUAAAGAAUUCACUCAAGGAAAUGCAGGAGUCUAUUGAGAGGGACUAUAAUGAAGCACAGCACCUCCGUGAAAAUAUUCCUCCCCAUCUGCCCAAAGCAAUCCCAAAGUGCACUGUGGGACUAACUGUGAAGUCGGAAGAACAAAGUAAAGUUGCAGAACCUGAAUGUGUAAAGAAACCCGCAAAAGAGCCAAAAUUUAUUAAAGAAGCCCCUUUAAUAACGGCACAGGAAUUUGAAGGUGUUCCUGCGUACAUGCGGGGUCGUUUAACAUAUGAUCAAAUUAAUGGAGUUGUUCAAGAUUUGAAUAAAGCAGUGGUCAGCAAGUAUAAGAUCUUACAUCAGCCAAUGAAAUCUAUGAGCUCUGCUGUCAGAAAUCUCUACCACAGAUUCCUGGAAGAAGAAACCAAGGAUACUAAAGGUGAAUUUUUUAUCGUGGAGGCUGAUAUAAAAGACUUCACACAACUGAAGGUGGAUAAACGCUUUCACACCAUUCUGAACAUCCUCCGGCAUUGCCAGAGAGUGCGGGAAGUCCGUGGUGCACGACUCGUCCGUUACGUUAUCUGCUAAUAUGGUUUUGGACUUGAUUUUGCCCAGGUUGAAGGGCAUAAAUAUUUUGUUAGGCAUAAGGAUUUGUUUGCCUUCAGAAAGUCGGAAGACACUAUACAUAGAAAUUCCCUACUCAGCUAAUUUAUUUUCUAAAUGACAGAAAUGAUGAACAAAUAUCUAACUCAUUGAUCAGGCAUCCACUUUGAAUUACAAGUCUGCUUUCAUGUGCAUUCAUUCUCCAGGAUUAGAAACAUCUGAAGGUCCUGAAAUGUUUAAAGUUGUUUUGAUUUGAAUUGUUGAGUUAGGCUGUCGUUUGAUUCUGGUGUCUUGUACUGGCCUUUACUCCCAUUUAUAAAUAACCAAUCCAAUGUAGAAAUGAAUGUAAUCGACACCCCGGUGGUUGCAGUGGUUUCAUGAGGUUGUCAGGUAAAGAUGUCUUAGCCACCCUACAAGUGGUGGCCUGAAAAGCUGCAUUCUCAGCAGUGUAAUACUGCUUUUGUGUUUAUAAAAUGGAGAUUCUUUAACAAUGGGUAAUUGUUUGGGGGUAUGCAUUUCAUUUUGUUAAUGCAUCAAACUGAUUUCCACUCUGUAUAAUCUUUUUCUUCUAAUCCUAAAAUUGUAGUUGGGGUUUCCAAAAUGAGCCAGGCAUGCAGUUCUGAGGCGGAUAAAUGCUUCCCAACGUGAUAAUGAUGGUUCUAUAAUCUACUGGUUUUUCACAUUUCAUCAGUCAGAUUUCUUCUUCAGUCCAACCCAUUUAAUCAAAACAAAUACUAGAACCAUGAUAAUGUAACUGAAAUUUUUGCUUCCAUUUUGAAGAUAUUUAACACUGACAGCUUUUAUUCUAGAACAUUGCUUACCCACUAGCUUCCAUAUAACCAAUCUUAGAAUAGAUUUGUUUUUGCAAUAAAUUCCAAUGUUGCAGGCAGUUAAAGAUGUUUUUGUUUGAAAAAGUUUUGACAAAGGUUAUUUUCCUUCCUUGAGCCUGCACCUGUUGUUAUACUAACCAAGUAGUCUAAAAUAGCUUUUUUUGUAUGUUGCCAGUAAUAAUGAGAUAGUUUAAAGAGCAGAAGACCCUGACUGAACCUUUAACUAUUGAAAGGUCAAUAAAGAAGGCUGGGUAAGCGCUCAGUAGGGCUGGA